UCCUCCCACCCAUCCACUCUUCGUCCUUCCUCUCUCGUUAAGUACUACUUUCCCAUUAUAUACAUAAAAAGAAUGUGUCAACUCCCUUCCUCUCCUUAUUCUUGCAAAGGCACUCCAAAUCAUCCCAAUCUUCUUCCAAUCAAAGACGACACCGAAAAACCCAACACAGGCACGCCAUUGCUAUGGUCGACAACCAAAGAACUUGAGCCCCAGGAGAGUGAUGUCCCAACUGUGGCCAAGGAAGCAAUAUCCAUUGCCAAGAUUGCUUUUCCCAUGAUACUAACAGGCCUCAUGCUCUAUCUCCGCCCAUUAAUCUCCAUGAUCUUCCUCGGCCACCUUGGCGAGCUCGCCUUAGCCGGUGGUUCGCUAGCCAUUGGAUUUGCUAACAUCACUGGCUACUCCAUUCUUUCCGGUCUGGCCAUGGGAAUGGAAUCCAUUUGUGGUCAAGCUUUUGGCGCCAAACGGUACAAGCUUCUUGGUCUCACCUUGCAAAGAACAAUUCUUCUUCUCAUUCUUACCUCAAUUCCCAUUUCUAUUCUGUGGCUGAAUAUGAAGAGAAUCCUACUUCUCUGUGGGCAGGACGAAAGUAUAGCCACCGAAGCACAAUCAUACCUACUUUUCUCCCUCCCUGACCUCUUAGCCCAAUCCCUUUUGCACCCACUAAGAAUCUAUCUCCGAACUCAAUCCAUAACCCUCCCUCUAACAUUCUGUGCCAUUUUCUCCAUUCUUCUCCACCUACCCAUUAAUUACCUCCUCGUUUCAUACCUUCAAUUCGGCAUCAGAGGCGUUGCCUUUGGUGGGGUGUUGACUAACUUCAUUUUUGUAACCUUACUAGUUCUUCACAUCCUUAUCUCCGGUGUCCAUCAGAAGACAUGGGGAGGUUGUUCGACGGAAUGUUUCAAAGAAUGGAAGCCUCUACUCAGCCUGGCCAUUCCCAGUUGCAUUUCUGUCUGCCUUGAAUGGUGGUGGUACGAAAUCAUGAUCUUGCUCUGCGGAUUGUUGAGUAAUCCAAAAGCCACCGUUGCAUCAAUGGGGAUUCUGAUUCAAACCACAUCUCUAAUUUACAUUUUCCCUUCGUCUCUGAGCUUCAGUGUAUCAACCAGAGUCGGAAACGAACUAGGAGCAGAGCAACCGAAGAGGGCCAAGCAUGCCGCCAUGAUCGGCCUCUCCGGCGGCUUCCUUCUAGGACUCUCGGCCCUGGUUUUCUCAAUUACAGUUAAGAGUAGAUGGGCAACCAUGUUUACACAAGAUCAAGAGAUCAAAGAUUUGACAUCCCUUGUUCUGCCCAUAAUUGGGUUUUGUGAACUCGGGAACUGCCCGCAAACAACAGGGUGCGGCGUGCUAAGAGGCACGGCGAGGCCGAAAGUCGGCGCAAACAUAAACCUGGGGUGUUUUUACCUGGUGGGUACGCCGGUGGCAGUGGGAUUGGCCUUUUUUUCAGGGUAUGAUUUCAGGGGACUCUGGUUGGGUCUGCUGGCGGCACAGGCGUCAUGCGCCAUGACCAUGAUGGUGGUUUUGGCUAGAACAGAUUGGGAUUUCGAGGCGGAAAGAGCCAAGAAGCUGACCGGGGCAGCCUCUGUGGUUGUUGCCGUGGAUGACCGUAACGAUGUCGAGGCAUCGAAGCAACAGAAAGCUGAAAUCAAGGAAGAUUCUCUUUGUUUUUUAGGUGAUUUAGAUUUAGAGAAAACCAAUUCUUGUUUCCUUGUCUAAUCAAUUAACUAUUUUGAAAAUUUUGGCUAAAUAUGAGGAAGGGAUUGAGGAAAAUUAAGAUGAUUUUUAAUAAAAAAUUAAAAUACUU